AUGUCUGUGUUAGAUGACAUUGUCGAUGCCCCCAUGAGCAUCACUGGGGAGAUGUGGUUUUGCGCGGAUAGCGAACAGCCCACCAAAACAGGAGCUGGCCGAGGGGCGAAGCACUUCAUUAGUAUUGAGGACGACUGCUGUGUUGUGUACACGUCCCGCAACGAGAAAUCAAAGCCGAUGAAGGAAAUUCAUUUUCGCAGCAUGAAGCGAGCCACGUGGUUUGCCCACCACCCGAAGCCAUCACCGUUCGGGUCAAAAAGCGCAGCUGGGGGAACGACAACGCGUUGGGGCGCAGCGAAAGAUUCUCCAAAACCCCUCUGUUACUACUACCUAGUCCUAGAGUUUGUGCGUGACUCCGCCAUUCGCGUCAACACAAAUCUCAACAAACGCGACCACAUUGUUUUGUGUACCGAGGACAAGCAAGACUUUGACAUUUGGAAGAAGUUCACCGACCUGUACGAGAGCACCCCUGCUCCCGCGACGGCGGUCAGAACGCACCCCGCAGCUGCCGAUGCAGACAAGAAAGAGGCGUUCUCCAGCGAUGGCGACGACGGCGAUCACUACGGCAGACGCGCGCUGGAGCUGUGGCGCAACCGCUGUGUCGCGCUGCUGAACGACUUCGCACACCUGUCCGAUCCGUCGCUGCAGGUGAAGAGCGGUGAGGAGUUUGAGGACUCCAACGGGCAAACACGCUUGGACUGGGACGCCCGCGCUGAGGCUGUCGUGCGUGCCGUGGAGCGAGACAUGCGACCGGCGCUGAAAGUCUUGCCCACUUCCGCGCUCGACGCGCCUGCUUUGCAGUCCCUCUCGACUGUCACGUCCGCCGCCGCCUCACCCGACGCCUCGGCCGUUAGAGGCACAAACGUCGACGAUUUGCGGUCGCAGAUGAGUCACAUCAAAGUGGAAAUGGAGCAGUUUCAAGCUGCUGCUGCGGAACUUGGAGCCUACGUAGAAGGCAGGGAGGUGCCUGCCCAAACCACGUCACCCGACACGCUACGUGGUUAUUUGGCACGGCUUCAGCACUCCUCAUCGUCAACUAACGCACGAACCGUGACCCAACAAGUCGGCAAAGGACAGUCAACUCCGCUGCCAACUAUUAAUGCAGUGCCGUCGCCGUCGCUGAAUGGCGAGCUUGAGCACGCGUGUCAAAAAGCAGUACAAGUGUUUACCGACUGCGUCAACAGCGGAUCGUUGGCACUGGAGAAGGAGUCAAGUCGUGAACAGGCGAUUCAGCAAGAGCGAGCCUCACUCCCGCAACGCAUCGAUGUAGUGUUCGCGGUCAUCUUAGAUGAGCUGUCUUGUGCCCGCGACACCACCGCGAAACUGAAGGCGAGCCUAGACGACAGAUCUGCCUCCUCAUCAGUGCUUCCCACCGCCCUUUCAUUAGAAAUGAAUGAACUGCGUAAAACACUUAAUAGAAAGGAACUAGAACUUGAGACAGCGCAGCGGCAGCUAUUUGACGAAAACCGCCGCGCGAGGCAACUUUCACGCUGUUUCGAGGCAGCGGCACAGCUCUACGGUGAGGCAGCGCACGACAUGCUUCGUUCACAAUACCGUGAGUACCUGUCGCUGCACCACUUGUUUCUUAGCGCCCUGCGUGGCCAUGGACUGCCAGAUAGCACGGCCGUCGUCGACACCGCCUCUCACGUGGCCAGUCCGUCCUCCGCACGCAGUGGAGAAGGUCGACGUAGCGAACUCGCCAUGACAUCGAGAGGGUCGAGCAAGCUGGUGGUGUCAGCUGCCCAUUUGGAAGCCGUAAUGGCACUCGAAAAGGAGCGACAAGCCGCAAAGGUGAAGCAGCAGCGCCUCGAGGAUGUGAUUACCGAAUUAAACGCCCUUCGCCGAGAAAGUGACGCGGAAAUAUUAAACAUGAGGGCAAAUUUUCUCGCAGCCAAAGAGGCGUGGGCGAGGGAUUUAGCGGUGCUGCAGGCAAAGCUGGCCGCCCUGCAAUCCUCCAUCCCACGCGGGACCGUGGUACUUCCUGCCACCGCUCCCGAUGCGACCGCGGUGGCCGCCCUAACUGAACGGCUAAAGGCGAAUGCUGCAUCAACAGCACUCGCAGCACAGGGUGAUGGCAGUACCCAAAACGCAGAAGCGCAAGCAACGCUGAAGGAUUCUUCUCAUCCAGCGACGCUCGCUGCACCGCAGGAUGCUUUAGAAAAAGCUGCGGCAAAGUUGGCCGUCGCGCCCAACGAAUCCAACGUGGAUGCCGGUGCCCUGUCGCAGCGCUUCCAGGCGUUCUACGAGUGGGCACUCAGCACUGUCGUCCCCCUCACGGCGACGGAUGCGUCCCAGGACUCGCUUCUCGAGAUGAUCACCAAGGUCGUACAGGCCUAUCAUGAAAUUUUACAGCGAACAUCGAGCAUCUUCGGUCAUCCCUCACCUGCAAGCGACGAGGCGACGAUGGAUGUUUUCUCGAGAAUGAAAGAGGAGCACAUGCUGUUUACACGCCUCUGCAACGCAAUUCAGGUGGAGCUCCUCUCUCCCGCGGCGGAACUUCAGAAACAAUAUCAGCACGGAUUUGGCGCAGCGCACAGUACGGUUAAAAACCCCAUACCACAACUGCACCUUCCCGUAACCAACCGACAGCUCGAUGAGCUCGAACCCUACUUAUCCAACAUCAACAGCGACGUUCAAUCCUACCGCCGCGUAAUCGCCGUGUACAACACAACCGACAUCUUUUCUCUCCUUCAGCAACUAACGGACAGAUCUACCCAACUAGACAACGAACCCGCAAAAGGUGCAGCCCACGAGCUCCAGUUGAAAGACUGCCAGCAACAACUUUCAGAGAACAAAGCCCACGAGAACAGGCAAAGUGAACACAUAGCCAACGCGCUCGCUGCUCUCGGCGUGGAGGCCGCGUCCGACGAGCCGGUCGGUGCCGCCGUGGCGCGCGCCGCUGCCGCCGCUGCUGAGCGCGAGCGUGCCCUGGAGGCGGAGCUCGCUGCGACCCGCGCCGCCGCGUCGGAGGCGCAGGAGAAGCUUGUGGCGGAGCGCGACGCAUCACUGCGCGCCGCGGGCGAGCGGCUUGCCGAGACGGACGCGGCACGCCGCGAGCUGUCCGACGGCGUUGCCGAUGCGCUCGCUGCUCUCGGCGUGGAGGCCGCGUCCGACGAGCCGGUCGGUGCCGCCGUGGCGCGCGCCGCUGCCGCCGCUGCUGAGCGCGAGCGUGCCCUGGAGGCGGAGCUCGCUGCGACCCGCGCCGCCGCGUCGGAGGCGCAGGAGAAGCUUGUGGCGGAGCGCGACGCAUCACUGCGCGCCGCGGGCGAGCGGCUUGCCGAGACGGACGCGGCACGCCGCGAGCUGUCCGACGGCGUUGCCGAUGCGCUCGCUGCUCUCGGCGUGGAGGCCGCGUCCGACGAGCCGGUCGGUGCCGCCGUGGCGCGCGCCGCUGCCGGCGCUCGCUGCUCUCGGCGUGGAGGCCGCGUCCGACGAGCCGGUCGGUGCCGCCGUGGCGCGCGCCGCUGCCGCCGCUGCUGA